CGCGCUCUUGAUUCUGAAAGUUUGCCUUCAUGGAUAAGUCGAAGAACUUUCGGAUAGACGCUCUGCUGUCGGAAAGCUCUCAGCAGAUCGUGCGCGGCGAUUCCCCGGGACUGUGCAGUGAAGGUGUUGAUGUCGACAUGUGCAAACGGACAGAAAACUCUCUUCCUCGCGCUUUUCAGCUCCAGACAGGGGUCAUACCCAAACCGGGCAUGCUAAAUAUUUCUCAUCCAGGAUUAACCUCACUUUCUCAAGGGUCUAUGCCAGGAAUGUAUCCAUCGCCAAUGUACUCCAUCACGGCACUGGGAGCGCAGCAUCCCAGCUUCGCGUACUCUGGUUUCACGCAGCCGUAUCCGGAUCACCUGAAAGCGGCUGCCAUGGCCGGUUCAUUACCGCUGGAGCACUGGCUGCGUGCGGGACUCAUAAUGCCUCGCCUUGCAGACUACAGCGGGGCACCUCAGUCUGGACUGAUUGGAAAGUGCCGGAGACCACGCACAGCCUUCACCAGCCAGCAACUCCUGGAGCUGGAAAAUCAGUUCAAACUCAACAAAUAUCUAUCAAGACCCAAGCGCUUUGAAGUGGCCACAUCUCUCAUGCUGACUGAGACACAGGUAAAGAUUUGGUUCCAGAACCGGCGAAUGAAAUGGAAGCGCAGCCGUAAAGCUAAAGAGCAGGCUGCGCAACUGGAAACAGACGGGUGUAAAUCCGGCAAGAGAGGAAACAAGCCCAAAGACCUGAGCCGCUGCAGUGCACAUGACGAAGAUGAGGAUCUGGACCCAGAGGAGGAAGCCGAAGAAGAUGAAGAGGAGUUCAGACGAUCUAUUAAUGUAGGUGUGAGUCUACCUCGCCAUUCAGACUUCCUGCAGCACAGCUCAGCACUGAGCUACAGCUCUCAUGGCUCUUACUCUGACGACGACCUGGAAGAAAUUGGAGCAGACCGAAAGAUCAGGCUAGGGUUAUAAGGAAUCAAAGGCUACUUUAGUCUGCGUGUCCACUGGUGAA